GCACCAUGCAAAGAGUUGAGAGAGCUUUUUAGUCACCAUGUAUAAAUGCAAAAUAGUAUUAAUCAGUGAGGUAGAGGACCUAAUAAGUUAGUCCUCUUUUUGCAGACAUUUUCAGACACAGACAGAAAAUGGAAAUACCAUUGGUUUUCUUUUCUCAAUUCAAUAUGUGUGAAUCAAAAGAAAAAAUGUUUUUCAAGUUAGUUCAUGGUUCAGGAAAAGAAGAAACAAGCAAAGAGGCCAAAAUCAGAGCUAAGGAGAAAAGAAAUCGGCUAAGCCUUCUUGUGCAGAAAGCUGACUUACAUGGAGAGACCAUCCCUAAUAGAUCUUGUCCCUUGGCCAAAGAAACAAGAAUCUCCCCUGAUGAAGCAGUGAAAUGGGGCGAAUCGUUUGACAAACUACUUUCCCAUAGAGAUGGGCUGGAUGCUUUUACAAGAUUUCUUAAAACUGAGUUCAGUGAAGAAAACAUUGAAUUUUGGAUAGCCUGUGAGGAUUUCAAGAAAAGCAAGGAACCACAACAAAUUGCCCUUAAAGCCAAAACCAUAUAUGAGAAGUUUAUCCAGAAUGAUGCACCACAGGAGGUGAACCUUGAUUUUCACACAAAAGAAGUUAUUAGUGGGAGCAUCUCACAGCCCACCCUCCACAGUUUUGAUGCAGCACAAAGCAGAGUGUACCAGCUUAUGGAACAAGAUAGCUAUAAGCGUUUCCUGAAAUCUGAAAUCUAUUUACACUUGCUGGAAGGAAGACCUCAGAGACCAACAAAUCUUCGGAGACGAUCACGCUCAUUUACCUACAAUGAAUUCCAGGAUGUAAAAUCAGACGUUUCCAUUUGGUUAUGAGAAAAUGUGGUUUUUGUCCAUUUAAAUAGCACUCAGGAGGCAGAGGUAGGAGGAUGGAGGAUUGCCAAGUGUUCGAGGCCACCCUGAGACUACAUAGCGAAUUCUAGGUCAGCCUGGACUAGAGUGAGACCCUACCUUGAAAAACCAAAA